AUGACAGCUCUUAAUCUUACUCCUUCUGGCCCGUCAACAUUCAUCCUCGUGGGAAUCCCUGGCCUGGAAGCUGCUCACGCCUGGAUUUCCAUCCCUUUAGCUACAUGCUACAUGAUUGGCCUGUUGGGAAAUUUCACUCUUCUGUUUGUGGUAGGAAAAGGGCAGCCCCUGCACAAGCCGAUGUACGUGCUAAUUUGCAUGUUGGCGUUCACUGACAUCGCCACAUCUACCUCCGUUAUGCCAAAGGCCUUAUGUAUAUUUUGGUUCAAUUUGAAAGAAAUUACUCUGGGGGGCUGCCUCACCCAAACCUUCUUCCUUCAUGCAGUUUCUGUGAUGCAGUCAGCUGUUCUCAUGACUAUGGCCUUCGAUCGCUACGUCGCCAUAUGUAACCCUCUGAGAUACACCACCAUUCUCACCAACGCCCGCAUUGCUAAGCUAGGGCUGGUGGGUUUGACAAGAGCUGUUCUCUUCAUGCUGCCCCUACCCCUGCUCCUGAGCAGGCUGCCGUUCUGUGCCAACCGCCUUAUCCCCCACACGUACUGCGAGCACAUGGCAGUGGCGAAGAUCUCCUGCGGGGACACCACAGUGAACAGGGUGUAUGGCUUGGCAAUAGCAAUUGUAAUCUUAGGAUUUGACCUCAUGCUCGUUGCCUUGUCGUAUGGUCUGAUCGCCAGGGCCAUCCUCAGAAUCUCCUCCAAGGAAGCCCACCAGAAAGCCCUCAACACCUGCACCGCCCACAUCUGUGUGAUGCUCUUAUCUUGUAGUUUGUUCCUCUUCUCCACCAUCACGCAUCGCUUCGGUCAGGGCAUCUCUCCCCACAUUCACAUCAACUUGGCCAUCCUCCACUUCCUCGUCCCUCCCAUGCUCAAUCCUAUCAUCUAUGGGGUUAAAACCAAAGAGCUUCGUGGUGAAGUGGGCAAAUACAUCUGCCGAAUGUGA